GCUAAACAGAAAACAACGUGCAGUGCGGAGUUCAAAACAUACAAGAGUGAGGCGAACGCUGUUUCAGCAGACAGGGCCAGUCUAGCGUUAAAUAUAGAUGGUGUAUUUGGUCACCGUGAAGCAGGUUCCACAAGUUUUGUCAUUUUUAUUAGCUAGGAACUUCGUUUACCCUGCAAAAUCCCUCUCUCUGUCUUCCCGCCAGCUAGAACAGAAUGUCACAGGAAAGUCAACAUGGCAAGUGGACGCUGUCCGACAGUGAUGAAGAUAACAUUAUACCUCCAACACCUCCAAAGAAGCCAAACGUCAAGCCUGAUCCAGAGCGCAGGGCCAAUGCAGUUAUCACCGUAACAAAGCCAAAACCCAAAUCUGAGCCAUUUAUUAAGUCUGAAGAAAAAGCUGCCCCUCAAAUGGGUUCAGAGGCCCGACAAGCAGCGCACCUUAACCAGAGUAAUCCAGUGAAAUAUGAAAACAGUUCUUCACCAGCUGUUAAACGGAAGAGAGAAACUGAUGAGGGAGGUUGGAACCUCUCGAGUAGUGAUGAUGAAGCUCCUUCAUCUGCCCCUAAAGUAAAACCCAGACAGUCAAGGUCAAGUCCUCAGAAGAAGAUUGAGAACAAGCGUCCACCGAGUCCACAUGGUCCCGCUUAUUAUAAAGAGGAGCCGAGUGGUUUCUUUGAAGAUAACUUAUCUGCAAUGAGUGACACAUACCGCUUUUACUUAAACAAAGUCACCGGCAUAGAAAAGAAGUACAACACUGGAGCUUUGCACAUCAAAGAAAUACUUUCCCCUAUGUUUGGCACUCUGAAGGAAUCCGUCCAGUUCAACUACUGCUUUGAUAUUCCAUGGAUGGUGAAACAGUAUCCUCCGGAAUUUAGAGACAAGCCCGUGACUAUCGUCCAUGGGGAGAAGCGAGAGUCGAAGGCUCGGUUAAUUCAACAGGCUCAGCCAUAUAGCCACAUUCGCUUCUGUCAGGCCAAGCUGGAUAUCGCCUUUGGCACUCAUCAUACGAAAAUGAUGCUGUUGUGGUAUGAGGAGGGAUUCAGAGUCAUCAUUCUGACAUCAAACAUGAUCCAGGCUGACUGGUACCAGAAGACUCAAGGACUUUGGAUGAGUCCAAUGUACCCCAGAUUACCUGAGGGAAGCCCAGAGACUGCAGGAGAGUCUCGCACCCACUUCAAACAUGAUUUGCUGGAAUACCUGAGGGCAUAUCGAGCCCCUGAGCUGGCUGAGUGGAUCGAGCGCAUCAAAGAACACAACCUGUCAGAAACCAGGAUCUAUCUUAUUGGUUCCACUCCAGGGAGGUUCCAGGGACCUGAUAUGGAGAAAUGGGGUCACUUAAAAUUGCGCAAGCUGCUGAGUGAACACACAUGCCCAGUACAGAAUGCAGAACAGUGGCCAGUGAUUGGUCAGUUCUCCAGUAUUGGCUCUAUGGGCCUUGAUAAGACCAAAUGGCUUGCAGCAGAGUUUCAACGAACACUGACGACGCUGGGGAAGGCUAGCUCAUCAUCCAGUCCAGGCACAUCAGUGCUCCUGGUCUAUCCUUCGGUAGACAACGUUAGAACCAGCUUGGAAGGUUACCCAGCUGGAGGCUCCUUACCUUACAGUAUACAGACAGCACAGAAGCAGCUCUGGCUCCAUUCGUACUUCCAUCGCUGGAAGGCUGAGGUGACCGGCAGAAGCAGUGCAAUGCCCCACAUCAAGACCUACAUGAGGGCCUCUCCGGACUUCUCUCAGCUGGCCUGGUUUCUCGUUACAAGUGCCAAUUUGUCCAAGGCUGCCUGGGGUGCACUGGAGAAAAAUAACACUCAGAUGAUGAUUCGUUCCUACGAGCUGGGAGUUCUCUACCUGCCUUCAGCCUUUGAUAUGAGCUCGUUUCUAGUGGAGAAGAACAUCUUCCCUGUCUCUAGCUCCUCCACAGGUUUUCCUGUGCCUUUUGAUUUACCGCCACAGCACUACGCCAGUAAAGAUCAGCCAUGGAUCUGGAACAUCCCUUACACACAAGCACCAGACACUCAUGGAAAUAUAUGGGUCCCGUCCUGAAAACCUUGCAGUGUUGCAAUGGACCAAAAGCAAGACAGGAAGGUGCUGCUGCUGCUGCUGCUGCUUCUGACUGUAUGGACUGACAUUGUUUUCUCACAUGUGAACUAGAAGCCUAUAGGCUAAUAAAAUGGUGCUUUGACAAAAAAUUUUUUUAAAAAAACUAUGAAACAUUUUUUAUUCUAAACCUACAUUUAGUUUUUAGCUAUUAAAGGGAAAUUCCACUAAGUUUUAAAAUAUCUACAUAAUUAAAUGAUUUAGCUGUGAAGUGAUUCAUAGUAGUUUAAUGUGAAGUAUACAGUUCUAGGGUAACUUUCUGAAUCUGGAUUAUUCAAACCAGACAUUUGAACUGUUUAAUACCUCUAAAAGCUACAUCUUGGAAAAUCAUCACAUAGAAUGGGUAAAAAUACCUGGCCGAUGCCUGAAAUAUUAUUUUAUGAUAAUUUUGAGAGGGUUUCUGCCUACAUGUAUUUAUUAAAAUGUAUGCAUGGUGGAGACAUACACAAAGGCUGUCCCCAAAAGAGGCCUUUUUCCAUUUUUCUUUUUUUCAAUAAUACAUGUUAAAACAUGUACAUAAAAAAGACACGUGUAGGUUUGCUGUUUGUUUUGGAUAGUAAAUAAAAUGGCUAUAUUUGCAUUGUAGACAUUGUGCCCCCUGGUUCCUAUCACCACCACUGUAAAGAAAUCUGAGUCUGUAAGUUUCUUUACAAAUAACCAGUGCACUUCAAACCACUCAGAAUAGCUGUCUUCACAUACUGUAUCAACCUCUAAAUUAUGCAGAAAUAUUGACAAAUCAUUGGAAUUCCUCUUUAAUAUUGUUAGGUAAUAAAUAAAUAGUUGUAAAUGUGCUGAAACUGUAUUUUUAUGUCUGUUUUGUUUAGUUCUUACUGUAGUGAUGAUUACCCCUGGAAUAUUUCUUUAGCUAGUAUUAUUUUUGUGCCUGAACAGUAUGGGGUGCACAUAAGCUCUGUAAUAAAACCUAUUUUGAAUUGCA